AUGACUAAAGGCGUCGCUUUUGCAGAAGGCCCCUCGACUUUUACGCGGGUGCUGCCUCUGCGCUCUCUGCCUCUCUCAGCCUUUCAUCGUACUUUUGUCACGUCAAUCAUCUGCACGCGCCCCGACCUCUGCCUCCCUCCCCACCGUACGCGUGUCGCUGAGGAAGGGCUAUUUCCGUCAUUUUCGGAUAAGUUACCUCCCACCAGCCAGCUGCAACAGUCCAUAGGCGCAGGGGUACUUACUCAUUUAUCAUAUCCCGAGAUGCGGUGGAACACGUGGCGGGAGAUGUGUGGUGGAUAG